CGUGUACCAACGACUUCGAAAAAUACGUGCUCGAAUUUUCGAAACCGUUCGGAUAAUCGCGUUCGUCGAGCGUCCUUUCGCGGAAUUGGUUCACCUGUCUGACGUAAGUCACGUUUCGGCGCGGAAAAGGUUGGUAAAUACCGAUGUGCGAUCUAUCGGUAAAUCGCAACGCGGGAAAAGUGAGCGAUUGUCGAUAGGAGGGGUUCAGGGAGAGGGGAAAUUUGUGCAACAGUCCUGGAACGAUACAGAAUGGCACAGUGUGGCCCGGCGCGCGACGCGAAACAGGUGAUAUCGUGCAUUCGUGAAAUGAUAGGACGACUCGAUUAACCGAACGACGAGAAUUUCGGCGAUAUAUCUACGGAGAGAUUCGACUAUCGUUUAAUAUUCUCUAUCAGUCCAUUCGGAGGUCAACUUUCCAUUUGUUCCUUUAAACGUCGACCUUGCGGACACCUCCCGCAACACAAUUACACCCAUUUAUUUUCCGUUGUGCCUCUAGCGUUCUAUAAUAUUCGUUCUUUUUUUUCUUUUACACGUCUCUCCUUUUUAAUACGGUCGAGUGCUCGUAGAAUCCGUAACCGUUACCUUGAGUCGGUAAUUUUCGAGCCGUUUUCGUUCCCGCCAAUUUAUGUCUCUCGCGAUAAUCUCGAACGCGAAAUCGAAGGAAUCGUUUUACGGUGUACCGAGACGAGCCCUGUGUCUGCUGCGAUCGGUGAAGAUAGAGUAAGCGUCGAAAAUUGCACGAAAGCGAGUUCAUUGGGAAUGCACGGAUUCGUGCGAACACCUGGGACUACAUCCCCGUGAGAGCAAAGGGAUCGGACCAAGGAAAGGAUUGUCAAACUGUCGACUACUGGCUCGCGCAGAAAUUCUCAAACGACGGUGACUCAAGUUCUUGAGGGUACAGGGCCAGGUACACGAUCGAAUUUCAGCAGCAAAAGCCCGAAGUUAUGACAACAUCCAAUGGGGUAAAGAAUGACAAAACGUCGGAAAUACAGUGGCAGAAAAUUCACACCGGCCAAGAUGAGGACAUGCGUAUUUAUGGGUUCGAGAAGAGUGGUUUGAAAAGUGCCUUGAUUUGUAUCUCCUACGUGCUGACCAUUGGAUGGGUGAGACUCUUCUUCCACUGGUAUCCUCAGUUGCAUCUCUACGCGACUCACAACAAAUGUCCCUUGAGCCGCGCGACAAGAUUGCUCGUGACUGAUAAUUAUCAAGGAAAAUACAAGUCAUACUUCGUGAAGGAAGUGAAAACCGUAUCUGCGAGGAAUCUAAGGGAGCAAGAUGUACCAAUACGCCUGGACGAAAACGACGACGAUAUCGUCGGGAAGAAGUGCAAGAAGCUGAAAAUCAAUUUAGAGAAUGGCACGCAAUGCGAGGUCCUCGAGUACAAAGCUUUUUGGUGCAAGAAGCAAUGCUACAUCUGGGACAUCACGCAGAACACGUUUGCGAGACUAGUAGGUCUUGACAAGUACACAUUGUGCUCGGACCUCGAUCUCAGUAGCAAUCAAGGACUUUCUAAAGAAGAACAAAGCCUUAGGCGAAUAGUUUAUGGCAGUAACGAGAUUAUCGUCCCAGUACAAAGUAUAGGCGUGUUGCUGCUGUUGGAAGUUCUGAAUCCAUUCUACAUUUUCCAAGUCUUCACUUUGUGCGUGUGGUUCGCAGAGGGCUACUUGUACUAUACCGUAGCGAUCAUAUGUAUGUCAUUGUUCGGGAUCAUAAGUUCCAUAAUACAAACUCGUAAGAAUCAAAUCAAUCUUUGUGGCACGGUUGCGUCGACGGCAACCGUUCGCGUGCACAGGAGCUCGACGGUGUCGGAAAGCAUACCUAGCAGCGAGUUGGUGCCUGGCGAUAUCAUAGAACUGCCCAAACAUCAAGCCACCGUUAUAUGCGACGCGGUGCUGUUGACAGGGCAAUGCAUACUAAACGAAUCCAUGCUAACUGGAGAGUCUGUGCCAGUAACGAAAACCCCAUUGCCAUCGCGUCACGUUUUGUACGAUCCCAAAGAAUGUUCCCAUCACACGAUAUACAGUGGCACUACCAUUAUUCAAACCAGAUGUCACGGCAAUGACCCAGUUCUAGCACGAGUUAUUCGAACAGGCUUCCACACCAGUAAAGGUGGAUUGGUCGCAGCCAUCUUGUACCCACCACCAGCAGACUUUAAGUUCGAUCAGGAUUCUUAUAAAUUCAUUGGUAUUCUCGCGCUUAUUGCCACCUUUGGUUUCAUAUACACUAUCGUGACUAAGGCUUCCAGAGGGAUUACAGCCGGCGAUAUAGCUAUAAAAGCGUUAGAUAUAAUCACGAUAGUGAUUCCUCCAGCAUUGCCUGCCGCAAUGACAGUGGGAAAACUGUACGCUCAAUCGAGAUUGAAAAGAGCACAAAUAUAUUGCAUUAACAAUAGAGUCAUUAAUGUAUCCGGUAGUAUAAAUUGCGUGUGUUUUGACAAGACAGGGACUUUGACGGAAGAUGGUUUGGACAUGUGGGGCAUCGUACCUUGCACGAAUGGUGUUAUCGGUGAAUCGGAAAGAAGCGUUCCUAAAUUGCACAACCAUCCUCUUUUCGAGGGAAUGGUGGUUUGUCAUAGUUUGACUCUAAUCGACAAUGAAUUGUGCGGAGAUCCUCUGGAUGUUAAAAUGUUUGAAAGUACCGGAUGGAUAUUGGAAGAAUCAGAUAUCGGGCAGUCGAACAAGUACGAUCUCGUAGCGCCAACGAUCGUAAAACCGCCUAGGGGCACCAGUUUCAUGGAAAAUAUGAACGAGAUAUCGGAAAUCGGGAUAAUACAACAGUAUCAAUUUUCAAGCUCUCUACAACGAAUGUCUGUGAUAGUACGAAUAUCGGGAUCGGAAACUUUCAAAGCCUACACGAAAGGCUCACCUGAGAUGAUACUUAGCCUGAGUAAACCAGAAACUAUUCCGAGAGACAUCAUGUUUUGUUUAAAACGUUACACAGAACAGGGCUACCGCGUUAUAGCUAUGGGCCGAACAGUAUUGACCGAAAAUAGUGAUAAGAUAACGAAGCUACCCCGUGACGCAGUCGAACAGAACCUUGAGUUCUUAGGUUUGGUUAUCAUGGAGAACAGAUUAAAAUCACCGACUGUACCGGUGAUCAAGGAACUCAGAACUGCCAACAUACAUGUUUUGAUGAUCACGGGGGACAACAUUCAAACCGCUGUAAGCGUUGCAAAAGAGUGUGGCAUUUUGUCACCGCAAGAGUCUGUGAUAGAUGUUACAGUGGUUAUGAAAGAGAACCAAGUGCAGCCGGAGAUUUAUUUCAAUGCUCAAGAAAUAUCUUCGAAAUUGAGUCUUCAGGAUAAAAUGCUUAGGGUAACAGAGUUGCAGAAUAUAGAACAAAAUAUAGGUGAUAGAAAUUAUCGGUUCGCGCUAACUGGUCAGUCGUGGCAGUUGCUCCGCGAGCAUUAUCCUGACAUCGUACCGAAGAUAUGCGUACGUGGUGCAAUAUUUGCUAGAAUGACCAGCGACCAAAAGCAGCAAUUAGUAUUGGAGCUGAUGCAACUCGGUUAUUAUGUCGCCAUGUGCGGAGAUGGUGCUAAUGAUUGCGGGGCUCUAAGAGCAGCGCACGUGGGUGUAUCCUUGUCUGAAGCGGAAUCUAGCGUAGCAAGUCCUUUCACGUCUAAGGUGCCUGACAUCACUUGUGUUCCGAAGGUGAUAAGGGAGGGUCGUGCUGCGUUGGUGACAUCGUUCGGAAUAUUUAAGUUCAUGGUUACUUACUCCCUUACAGAGUUUUUGUCUGUCAUUAUUCUCUACUCGAUCGAUUCAAACCUGUCGGAUCUAGAGUUUCUCUUCAUCGAUAUAUUCCUCAUCGUCAACUUCGCCUCAUUCUUUGGGAAAACUCGAGCAUACGAAGAGAAACUAGUGAAAAAGCCCCCGAUGACUAGUCUUUUAAGUUUCACGACAAUCUUCUCUCUGACUGUACAUAUGUUAAUUAUGACUAUUUUUCAAGCUGUCGCUUAUCACGCGGUGCGUACUUUCCCUUGGUUCGUUCCAUACGUAAAUACGGAGGAUGAUAGAUACGCGUGUUACGAAAAUUAUUCGGUGUAUUGCGUAUCCAUGUUCCAGUACAUAACCAUGGCAAUAAUAUUUUCACGAGGAAAACCGUAUCGAAAAGCUAUAUACACAAACAUCGCAUUCAUAGUUUCCAUAGUUUUACUAACUGUCGUUUGUACAUACAUCACAGUCUAUCCUGCAGAGUGGAUAAUAAAUUUACUUGAGCUACUUGUGCCUCCAACGUAUGAUUGGAAGAUCAUCAUUUUGGCGCUUGCUCUAGCAAAUUUCGUAGUUUGUAUCAUCGUUGAAACGUUCGUGAUAGAGUAUAUGAUAGAGAAGAUAUUAAAAUCAAAGUUUUAUAGACCGGAGAAGUCUAAGAAGGAGUAUUUAAGAGUACAGCAUGAAUUAAAAAAUGACUCGAGUUGGCCGAAACUUAAUAGAGAAUUGCCCAUUUUACCGUUAACGCCGAGCGUAGAAAAUAUAAUUAACGUGACGUAUUCGGAUGAACAGUCGUAUGUAAAUGAAGUUGGAAAAAAUGUAAAUGAUAAAAAACAGAAGGACAAUAAUAGGUUAUAUGCGUAUGAUAAUCAUACAUUUGUCGAUGACGAAUCGGUACGAAACACGAACAUGAUAACUAGAUUUUAAGAUGUACUUUGAAAAUACAGUACUUGGAAAAUGUUUAUCAAAAGUUAAAGAUUUUAACUUUAAUUGAUAAGAACAAAUAUAGUCGAUGAAGAGGGAAUCAAUUAUCAUACCAGUAUUUGUAGAUAAGUAUUAUGGAAUACUUCCGAAACAAUUAAGAAUUUUAUUACAAAAUGGUACAAAACAAAUAUGAAAUAAAAUUUGUGAUUAUUGUAUGUACUAUAUAUGAUAAAAUGUCAUAUAUUUUUAAUAACCGUCGAAGUGUAUUUAUCUAACGAUUUUGACGAUUGCACUCUACUAUAUGUAUAGUUCUUUCAAAUUUUCCUAUUGCAAGAAUCAUUAAUUUAUUAAUAAAGUGAAAUAGUGUUUCUUUCAGAUAUAUCAUAAAAGAUACAUUUAUGUAACACUUAUA